AUGUGUAAGAUCAUGUGCAAGUACCUUUACAUGUUGUUUUUGGUAUCCAUGUCUAAGAAGGGACAACGUCGGUGCCACGGCAGCACCCUCCUGGACGCAAACUGGAUAAGAUACAAGACACUCAAGCGAGUAGGGGAGACAAUUGUAGGCAAGCUAGCCACAAGGGAAUUUGCCCUAUAUUUCGAUGGCUAUGAGGGGGUUCUGAAUACUCAACACUUGUGGAUGGGAUCUGCGAUGAUCGUUGAUGAACCCACUUACAGUAGCUCAUUGGAAACUGCACAAUACGUCUCAACUACAAGUAUUCCAGCAGGCGGCGAGAAUUUGAAGAUGGACAUUUUCCGUAUCGUUCCGGAACUAAAUGCAAUGGCCGAUGUUGGCGAAGACAUUGGGGGCAGUCGGACUGCGAAAUAUCUGUGUCCGAAGAAGCGAAUACUUAUUCGCUCCCUGCAGAAGGCAGUUAAACACAUCUAUACGGCGCUCGAAGUUGUACUGCUGGAUAUCAGGAAGAUUAGAACAAUUAGCGAUGGCAGUAGCCCACCUGCGGCAGUACAAUCCCUAUCUACUAAAACAAUUGCAAGCUCAGUCCGACUAAGCUCCCCGGUAGGGAUGCCAGGAGGAUACCCAGAGAGUGAGACGCUGCACAAAAAGGAUGCCAGUAGGAUACCCAGAGAGUGA